AUGUUUAGAUUAUUCAGGCAAUGGCUUUACAUCAAUUGGAUAUUCUCGUUGACGUCAAAAGGCAGAGAGCAAAAAAAGACUCUGAAGAUAUUACAUGGAUUUACUGAACAAAUUAUUGCUGAAAGAAAACUUUAUCAUGAUCGCACUAAUAAUCAAUACUUGAAAAGCUUUGGUAAUGACACGUCGGCAGAGAGAGAUGACGCAGAACCGAUAGGAAUACGAAGGAAACGGCUUGCAAUGUUGGAUCUUCUAAUAGCGGCAUCUCGCGAAGGUCUUCUGACUGAUUUAGAUAUCAGGGAGGAGGUCGACACUUUUAUGUUUGAGGGUCAUGACACUACAGCGAUGGGUCUGUGCUACAUUUUGGCACUUUUAGCUGAGCAUAAGGACAUUCAGGAUCGUGUCAGGAACGAAGUCGAUACUGCGUUACAAGAGAACGGGGAGAAAUUUACUAUGAAAUUAUUGCAAGACCUACCAUACUUGGACAGAUGUAUAAAGGAAGCAUUGCGCUUAUAUCCUAGUGUAUUUCUAAUAUCACGAAUUCCUGCGGAAGAUAUAAAAUUACAGUCGUAUUUAGUACCGGCUGGGACAUUCCUGCAUCUUAAUAUUUACGCAGUCCAUAGAGAUCCGAAUUUUUGGUCAAAUCCAGAAGUAUUUGAUCCCGAUAGAUUCUUACCAGAGAGGAGCCGAAAUCGUCAUCCUUAUUCAUAUUUACCCUUUAGUGCUGGACCACGUAAUUGCAUCGGCCAACGAUUUGCUAUGCUGGAAUUGAAGGCGAUGAUAGCUCCUCUGGUACACAAUUUCUACUUAGAGCCUAUUGAUUAUUUAAAAAAUAUUCGGAUACAUGUUGAUUUGGUACUCCGACCUGCUCAUCCAAUUCGUGCCAAAUUUAUCCCUAUCCGUAAAACAAAUGCAAGCCUAUAAAGCUAAUACCGAUUAUUGAUCAUUGUAGAAGGCAAAACAAAAAUCCUAUAUUUGCCUGAAAAAAUAAUAACGUUGUAAUAGUAACACUUUGUACAUGUGUCAUUAUUGGUUACAAAAUUAAAAUAUAAGUAAAAUAUAAUAAAUAUAAUAUCGAUAAGGUAUAUA